AUGGCUGCAUGCGUCUACAUACACACUUUAUUUAUCGUAUUUGAUCCAAAUAUUGAAAAAGGUGUUCGUAAAUUAUGGCUCUUGGGAAGCGCGAUAUUUCUAAUCGGUUAUAUUGGAUGGCAUAUUGAUUUGCACUUUUGUAGUAACAUGCAUCAAUUACCAUUCGAUGUGCCUAAUCCUCAAUUACAUGCUUGGUGGCAUUUAACGGCGUCGUAUGGAAGUUAUUUAAUAUGUGUACUCGUAACUUAUAAUGGAACAAAAGUAUUGGGUAAGAAUCCGAUCUUACGAUGGAUAUUAGGUGUUUUACCAUACAUCAAAUUGCCCGAAUCCGAUAAUCUGAAUGAGAAAUCUUUACUUUAUAAAAACGAAAAUGGUGAAAAGGGUUCAAAUUAUGGUACCAUCAAUAAUUCUGGUCAUGAUAUUAAAAAAGAUAUCGAAUUUGAGAAACAU